AUGGCAGGAAGGAAGGUAUCAGUGCCCGAGGCCUGCUUAGCAUGCCACCUCUGGGGAGCCCUCCCCAUUUCACUCCAGGAAGGCGUCUCCCGUCCCGUCUGUGCCAUCCUCGACCUCAAGGGCCCAUCUGGAGAGACAGCUCCCUGGAGGAGACUUCUUGGGUUCCAGGCCUUUGAACAGGAUACUGCUAAGGGCCCCCAAGCUGAACAUUCAGUCCCCAGGAACCCGUGGGUACUGUGUGACCAUCACUCCAUAUGGAAGAUGCCUCAGCUUUGUCAGGCUGCUCCACUGGAGUCCAAGGAGAGCAGGCCAGUGCCGCUCCACACAACCAGUAAGAGGCCACGCGUGGACCCUGUCCUCACUGAUUGCUCAGCUACCAAAAUGUCUGACAGGGGCUCCGUCUCGGCUUCACUAUCUCCCCUCAGAAACGCCAGUCUGAGCUCCUCCUCAGGUCUUGGACCAAAGGAACGACAGACAGGGGCUGCGGCCGACAUCCCUCAGCCUGCAGUCAGGCACCGGGGUCCGGGGCCUCUCCUCGUGGGGAAGCCGACAGACAGCAGCCCUGAGGGUGGCUGCCGAGAAGUUCCCCAGGGUGCCUCCAAAACCCACGGCCUGCUCCAGGUCACCAGCCCCCAGGCACAAGACAAAUGUCCCGCGCUGACCUCACAGCCCUGCCCACCAGCCGCCACGCACAGCUUGGGCCUAGGCUCCAAUCUCAGCUUCAGGCCAGGAGCCAAGAGGCCUGUCCAGGCUCCGAUUCAGGCUUGCCUGAACUUCCCCAAGAUACCGAGACUGGGUCCCUUCCAGAUCCCCGAAAACGCCAUCCAGGGAGGUGAGCUGGGGGCCCCGGAGUCUCUCCAACCUGCGCCAGCCGUAACCGACCUUGGACCAAGUACGUCGCCCCAGAUGGGCAGGAGGACACCCGCCCAGGUGCCCAGCAUCGACCGGCAGCCUCCGCACAGCAGACCUUGCCUGCCUACUGCCCAGGCCUGCACCAUGUCCCAUCACCCAGCGGCCAGCCAUGAUGGGACCCGGCCUCUCAGAGUGCUCUUCCGGAGACUGGAAAACGGAUGGUGGAGCUCCAGCCUCCUGACAGCUCCCUCAUUUCACUCUCCUGAGAAGCCGGGAGCCUUCCUCGCUCAGAGCCCUCAUGUCUCAGAGAAGUCUGAGGGUCCCUGUGUUCGUUUCCCCACGAGUGUCCUCUAUGAGGACCUUCAGGUUUCCUCCUCCUCAGAGGACAGCGAUUCUGACCUGGAGUGAGACUGCAGGUGGCAGGGGCUCCUUGGCCUCCAGCUCCCGUGACU